AUGUAUUGGAGGGUUAAUGUAGCAAAAUAUUUGUUCCGUGAACAACAGUACUGCAGACAGAGUGGGGAAACAGGUGACUACCCGUGCGGAUUUCUUACCGUGACGUUGCAGCGAGUUCACACCUGUUGCCAAGCAUGCGCACUGUACUCACCACAAAACUCCUUCCUGUUGAGGCGAGAUUUGUUCAAUAAUUACUCCCAGUUAGAUCGGCCCAAGUCUGUCACUAAAAUCAAAGUUUUGUUUCAUCUGAUCACCAUCAACGAUUUGAAUACACGUGCGAUGUCGUUCUCAGUGACUGGAUGGUUCUUUAUGAUUUGGCAAGAUUCUCGUCUGUCGUGGGACAGCACAGUGUACAACGACAUCGGCUACGUGUACGCCUCCGAGAACGAGAUCUGGACUCCGCCCAUCAUCGUGGACAACUCCGUGAACGAUCUUCGCGUCAUCAGCGACAAACGGAUUCCCAUACGAGUGAACGCCAAGGGUAAAGUUCACUGGAACCCGCCCGGCAUCUACCUAACCCAGUGCGAUAUUGCCAUCACCUACUACCCGUUCGACACCCAGCACUGCACCAUCGUCCUCAGAACCGUCGGCUACACCCUCCGCGAGGUCAAUCUCACCGUCUUCGGAGACGGCAUCAACGCCGUGGGCUACGAGACGAACGGCGAGUGGGACUUGAUCGCGACGUCGGCGUACCGCUUCGAACUGAGCGACGACAACGAUCUGGAGACGUACUCGAGCGUCGCCGUGUCCUUCACCUUGAAGAGGCGCCCGCUGUAUUAUGGGAUCAACAUCAUACUUCCGACGUUCGUGUUGUCGGUGCUGUCGGCGGUCGUGUUCGUCGUUCCGGUGGAUUCCGGAGAGAAGAUGGGCUACUCGCUGACCGUGCUGCUGUCCAUCACGGUCUUCUUGACCAUCGUGUCCAGCUCCAUGCCCACCACGUCACAGAACACGUCAAUAAUGGCUAUAUACAUCUCGGUGGUUCUCCUUCUAAGCGGGACCUCCGUUAUUCUAACCACUUUGGUUCUCGGCCUCUACUUUCGGGACGAAAAUCGGCCAGUCCCCACCUUCGUACAGGCUCUCACUAACUGCUGGCUCGUUCGAUUGUCGUGCUUCAGGAAAUGCCACCCGUCAGCCAAGGUCAAGGACGUCGGUGAUUUUCCCAGGAACAAUAACGGAAGUGAUGCAGCCUCCGGUGUGAAACACACGUUGCCGGAGACUCCUCCAAGCGGGUCUGACAAGGCUGUGACUUGGAAAGAUGUUUCCAAGGCGCUGGAUGCGUUUUGUUUCAGACUGCAUCUGUUUGUGUACAUCGUGUUCACUGUCGUCAUUUUCGUCUGCAUGAGCUAA